AUGGGAUGCAAUGGGAAAUGCCAUCAUAUAUCAUUAGUUCAAAAACUUUUGGAAUGGCCGAGAUUAAAAAAAGCUAAAAAUGCAAACUCAAAAUUUAUUAUCGCGUUAAUAGACCCAACUGUUGGAAGGCCACGUGCUUCUGGGGAAACAACUGCCCCAAUUAGUAGUUCAGGUGGAGUUACCUCGAGUUCAUUGGGUAGUACAGGUGCAACUUCGUCACCUGUAUGCAGUAAUGAAGGAACAACUACUGUUAUAACGCCACCAUCAACAAGUUCCACAGGUUUGGGUAGUAGUGAAGAAACUUCAUCAGUUAUUACUGGUUCAAGUGGAUCAUCUUAUGCAGAAUGUACUGGUGAAGAUCCAACAUCAUAUUCUGGUUCAACAGGUUCGACUAGUGGAUCAACUGGUACAUCUUAUUCAGAGUGUUCUGGUGAAACAUCAUAUUCCGGUUCAACAGAUCUCACUAGUGGAUCAGCUGGUACAUCUUAUUCAGAGUGUUCUGGUGAAACAUCAUAUUCCGGUUCAACAGAUCUCACUAGUGGAUCAGCUGGUACAUCUUAUUCAGAGUGUUCUGGUGAAACAUCAUAUUCCGGUUCAACAGAUCUCACUAGUGGAUCAGCUGGUACAUCUUAUUCAGAAUGUUCUGGUGGAACAUCAUAUUCUGGUUCAACAGGUUUGACUAGUGGAUCAGCUGGUACAUCUUAUUCAGACUGUUCUGGUGAAACAUCAUAUUCUGGUUCCACAAUUUCGGGAAGUAGUGAAGAAACAUCAUCUUAUAUUACUACAUCAACUUACGUAACACCAGCGCCUACUUCAUCUAUAACAUCAACAUCAGAUGAAUCAACAGAAUGUGCACAUUGUUGUUCAGCACCUGAUUCAACGGAAACUACUUCAACAACUGGAAUAGACACAGCAACCACUUUUGCACCAACUACAUCAUCAGAUACAGGAAUUAUUACUGCGACUACUUUUGCACCAACUACACCAUCAAAUACAGGAAUUAAUACUGAGACUACUCUUGUAACAACUUCGUCAUGUGAUUCAACAACAAUCCCAACAACUACUUCAUCAGGAACUGAUACUUCAACAACAAUUAGUAGUGACAGCACAUCAACGGAAGCUGAAGUGACCAGUGAUGGUGGUGUAAUAAUCGAAAUUCCACCAUUAGCUUCUGGUGGAAAUUUCAUGUUCAUGCUUAUCAAUAACAUCAGUGGUUUCUUCCAAACAAUAAUUGAUUUAAUAAUAGAUACUGCAGAAUCGUUACCAUGUGCAGAUGAUUCUACUUCACCUCCAACCACUUCGCCUUCAACUACAUCACCAACAUCAUCUGGUACAACCACCGAAACUGAUUCAUGUUCAGGUGAAACAUCAACUGAAACUGUAACAUCAACCACCGAAACUGAUUCAUGUUCUGGUGAAACAUCAACUGAAACUGCAACAUCAACCACUGAAACUGAUUCAUGUUCUGGUGAAACAUCAACUGAAACUGCAACAUCAACCACUGAAACUGAUUCAUGUUCUGGUGAAACAUCAACUGAAACUGUAACAUCAACUUCUGAAACUGAUACAUGUACAGGAGAAACAACAACUGAAACUGCAACAUCAACUGAAACUGUAACAUCAACUUCCGAAACUGAUACAUGUUCUUGUGAAGCAUCAACUGAAACUCCAACAUCAACUUCCGAAACUGAUACAUCUUCAGGUGAAACAUCAACUGAAACUGCAACAUCAACUUCCGAAACUGAAACAUGUUCAGAUGAAACAUUAACUGAAACUUCUACAACUUCUACAAUACCUUCAACUACAUCUUAUACCAUGUGUACGUCUACACCAAUUUCAAGUACAAGUACAUCCAUUCCAUCCACCACUUCAACUACCAGUGCUACAAGUUCAACUGGUUCAAUAACUGGAACGACAUAUAGUUAUACAUUCACGGGAACAACUUAUUCGGGAACUACAAGUCCGGAUACAACACCAGGUUCAUCAACACCCACUUCUACAACGUCAACAACAUAUUCUACAGGUACUAGUUAUACAAGUACACCCACUACACCAUCAUGUCCAGAGACCACAUCAUAUUGUACGUAUACAAGUUCAAGUUCAACUACAUCACCAUCAACAACAUCGUAA